AUGGCCACAUCCGAUCUCAUUGCUAAAGUAGCGGGCUAUGUCGAAGGGGAAAUGAGCAAUUACGAUGCAUCUCACGAUUUCGAGCAUAUCAAAAGAGUGGUCGGUUGCGCGCACAUGAUCCACUCUGAGAUCGUUGCUACUCAGCCCAAUCACCCAGAACUUGAUCUUGACCUAAUCACCCUCUCAGCACUUCUCCAUGACAUUGGCGACCGCAAGUACAUCAAGAACGGCCAAGACGGCACCAUCAUGGCUUACAACCUGCUGCUCUCCCUUUCCGCCCCCGCAGAGCUAGCAGCCAAAGUCCAACGCAUCGUCAACGGUGUCUCCUACACGAAUGAGAUUCGCAAUCCGUCAGCAGUGGCAUCACUUGUUGCAGAGAUUCCCGAGCUCGGUGUCGUCCAGGACGCAGAUCGAUUGGAUGCUAUCGGCGCUGUUGGCAUCGGUAGACUAUUCACCUACGGCGGGGCGAAGACAGAGAGAUACAUGCAAAGCAGUAUGGCUCUAAUUCCAUUGAAGCUUCUCAAGGUCGAGGGAGCUAUGAAGACUCAGCCCGGCAGGAGGAUGGCGAAGGCGCGCACUGAGCAGCUCAAGGUCUUCCAAGACUGGUGGAAUGAGGAUAUGAAGAUGGGUUUUCGAUGGGAGGUGCCAGAAGGACUUGGUGGCUCUUCUCGUUCUUCUUCUGACUCGGACUCAUCUAUGGAGAAGGUCUAUCUUUGA